AUGCGCAUGAAUCCAAAGGAAGGUGUAAGUAUAGAAAAGAUCUAAUACAAGCUGAAGAUAAAAAACAAUUCUGAACUUUCCACACGGGAUUAAACCGUUUGGCACUUAAAGAAUGGGAGGAAAACUGGACCAAGUUAAUUUUCACAAAGGCUUCUGUGAUAGUGUUUUUUUUUUUUCAAUAUAUUUAUUGAUAAUCAGAUUAAAUAAUUACAUUUACAAUACUCCAAAAAAAAACACUUUAACAAUAGACAUUAACAGAGUAAAGCAAAAUUAAUUGUUAAAUUAUUACAGGGAUAAAAGAAAUUAUAAAAAAGUACAACAGGGCAAUGAAAUAAUACAGAGUUAAUACAGUUAACUCAAAUAAGGCGUCAGUAUCCACUUUCUUUUAAAGAAUUCUUUGUUGCUGAUUUUUUCUUCUGUUUCAUAUUUAGCGAUGAUCUUGGCCCUAAAUCCAUAGAUGUUUGGAAGGACUUGUUUGCUCCUACUUCUGUGAUAGUUGCUCAAGACUUUCUAGUCAGCUAUAUGCUGAUUUUUUUACAAAAAUUUACAAAACUCAACAAUACUAACUUCAAUUACAGUCUUAGGAAUCUUGAAACUGACCUAGCACUUCCAAGGCCAAAGACUAAUUUCCUCAGGCGUAGCUUUAAGUACAUUAAUUAAAAUGCAAGAUUUUCUAUUCACAUUAUAUCUGUGUUCUUAAGGAACGGCAAACUCCAGAGGCUUUGACAAGUGGACCUUGGGAAGUGUUAAAGAUUCUUGCGCAUGAUGAUGUUAAUGAAAUAGUGUAAGUGAACCAUUUAAGCUCCAAUAGUAAUGGAUUCUUUUUGGUAACGGUUAAUAAGAUAACCUGCAUCCCUGUUCAAAAGUUGGAUCACUGGAUAAAUCUCCAUCCAGUGGAUAACACCUAUCCUUUGGAGAGUGUUUUAUAUGGUGGAUAGCGCUAUCCAACAUUUGAACAACCUGGUGCCUGGUACAUAUGUGGAGAACUUGAACAAGGGUUUUGGAGCUGUUUUAGUUCCAUCUGUGGCACAGGCUAUCAAUCAGAUAGAAUUAUUUACUAUUGGAAUAUUCUGUGUAGUUGGUUUUAGCAGUCUCUUCUUAAAUUACUGUAAGGCUGUCCUUGGUAGUGACAUCCCACAUAGAAGUUGUGCAUGGAGAGGAAUUUGUAUUUCACUAGUUGCCGUGAAUAAGACCGCCCUUUGAGACAGUUGAAUACUAGCAAUAAACAUGAUGUUUGCAUAAAUUUACAAAAUGUCUGUUGUAAACUUUAAUAAAUUAUUGUAACUUGCAUACAGGUACUUCUCUGCAACAAAGGAAUCACCAACAGAGGCACAUGUGUACAGGUUUGUUAGAAAUUUAAGAUUGUGGAGAUUAUUAAGNUGUUUGCAUAAAUUUACAAAAUGUCUGUUGUAAACUUUAAUAAAUUAUUGUAACUUGCAUACAGGUACUUCUCUGCAACAAAGGAAUCACCAACAGAGGCACAUGUGUACAGGUUUGUUAGAAAUUUAAGAUUGUGGAGAUUAUUAAGUUGCAUUCGUGCAAAAAAAUACUCCAAUCAUCACGUACAUUUGCAAUGAAACAAAACAUGUGAUAAUCAUGAUUUUGGCAAUGUAACAUUUGACCUGAUUAGUUUACUUGCCACCAAUCACAUUAUUUCUUAUAAUUUAUUAUUGCAAUGGCAUACCAGAGUUUAUGAGGAAAAGUUCGAUGUUAACAGUAAAAUAGCUCAAACAAAUGCAAAAUAUUUAAAAUUUCAUUGUCAGAAAGUUGAGUACUGAAGAAAUGGCAACCUUCAGCGAUUAUCCAAGAGAUUUCAGACUCUAAACUGGAGACUGGGAGAUACGGUCUAAAUAGCUGGAGUCUCCUGGAUUGUCUGAGAGAGUGGACAACACUGCAGUGCAUUGAUGCCUUCAUUCUCUAGUAUAGAUAAGCAUGUUUGCAAACCUUGUUUGGAUAUUAGAAAAUUUACUUACACAGACUAAUGUGUAGCUUGCUGCAUGCUAUUUCUUGCAGUGUUGACAUAAGAACUACAGAACUCAAAUGUCUGUCUUGUAAUCUACCAACACUUAACCGUAAGUAUGAGCGUUGAACCUCGAUUAUCCAGGGUGCGUAGCGUAUGAUUUUCAUGAAAUAACUAAGAUUUCCUAAUCCAGGGCUGUCAAUAAGAUUUUAAGUUGCUGGGUAAAUACAACAAGUAGGCGGGGAAUCAAAGAGCUAAUGAUUUCUUUUGGUUCUAUUUUUCUUCUGCUUUCCUAUGACAGUAGCCGGGGGCCACGUUCUUAGCUGCCGGGGGAAAUCCCUGACCCACACCUCUUAAUGACAGCCUUGCUAAUGAGUAAGGCAGCAGGGACCACAGGGCUCUGCUAGCGUACAGUUCUACAGCUCAAUUUAUAGAAAGAGAAAAGUGGCAAGAGUGGCGGGGAGGGGUGAGGGGGGCGGGGUUCUGGAACUCCUUAAACCCUCCACAGAGUUCACCCUGGUCACGUGACAACACUGGGCCAGCUCAACUGUAACUGUGUACACUGGUUGAAGCUUUAAUAUUGUUACUUUUAACAAAACCUUUGUAUUUAGACAAAAAUCAUUCCUCCCAAAAAAGUAAUUCAUAUUAAUUUAUUUGUUUAUUUUGUUGUAGCUGGAAAUAAGUGUUCCUAUUAUGGUGCAAGUUUUAGUUUGAAAGGAAGCUGGUACACUUUACACUGUAAAGGUAAAUGAUAAUCAUCCAAAAAUGAUUAUCUACUCUACAUCAAUUAAUUAUCUCCUUAAUAUGCACCAAGUCUGACAGAGUUGCCAGUAGAGCCCCUUAUAAUGGCAUAAUUGAUACGAAAAAGAGUGAAUAAAAACUCUUGCUUAAAAGCUCUUGCAGUUGUACUUGCACUUGUUGAUGUUUGCUUUUAUAUAUAUAUAUAUAUAUAUAUAUUUAAUUACCUACAAGCUUGGCGAUUUUUUCAGAAAUUUGCAGGUGAAUCUGUCCAAAAGAUUUGUAAUUAAGGGAUUCAGCUAAUAUCAGAGUUCAUUUAGCGAUUUAUCACUUGUUCAGUGUUCUCCCUAAAUUUAAGCUCAGCAGCUAAGGGACCAUUCAUGGCCGGUAAGGCAAAAAAUAUGCCUCACGGGUGCCCUUUUCUUUGGUAGGGGGGAGGGGGGGGAGAGGGGUAGUGGAGUGAGAGACAUGGCCCCAUCCUACGAGGAGCUAAGUUCUUUGAAACAUCAUUCUCUCAUUUUAAGACCUCUUUUACGCAAAUCAGCUCUUGAUAUCUUUAGACAACAAUUUAAAACGUUUGAUCCCAAUAAUUUUACUCUGUAUUUACUGUUCUUUUUCCAAAAUGCAUGGCCCAUGAAAAGAAAAGCUGUGUAUACUUUAGUACUUUUCUAUAUAUUUAUUCAUUUCCUUGACUGGAUUGGAACACAACUUGCGUAUUUUUUAAAACUACUUAUUUCAUUUUAGUAAACCUUCAAAAAGUGGCAGGUGGUGAGAAGUGUUGCUUCAGGCAGUAAAUUUUACCAGUUACCGCCUGAUAAGGAGAACACUGCUUGUUGCCAUCCUGUUCGGAAAUGAGGACAACAAAACAUUUUGUCACCCUAUGUAUUGUGUGAUGGCCAGUCAUACUUGGUAGAUAUCACUUUUCUGGAAACUGAUUUGUUUGCUUUACAUUCUUUUUAGGUCCAGAUAUACCAGAAGUAACACUACGCAGUACACAGAAGGACCCUGAAGGUAGAUAAAUUUGUCAAUUUAAGCAGUAUUUGCCUGGGGCAUAUGAAGGUCCUGUGGUACAAAAUGUAACUAAAUUAAUAAAGGUAUAUUAGCUAGAUAGAACAACUGUUAACUGUGACAAAAGAUGGAUCGAAUUGCAAUAAUCUCAUUUAGAUUCUUCAUAGCCAAUAACAUCACAGCUUAAUUCCAUCACGACUUAAUUGACCAAUUAAAGCAAUCAUGAUCAGGUCAAUAACCAGAGCUGAAUACCAUCAACUGACAUGAUACAACUCACUUUGACUCCCAAGAUGUCACUGAUAUCUUAUCUUCUCUCAAAUGGAGAUCUCAGGAGCUUAGGUGAUCUGACGCAUGUCUCUGUGUGCUGUACAAACAGAGUAAUGGAUUAGCCACUUACGAAUGUGACAAGUUUCAGAGAGAACAUAAGAGCAGAAUGGAUACUAUGCUCGCGUCUCUUAGGGAUCGAUUUGAGCUGCCACGUUGUACAUGCAAUUAUUAUAAGAACUCUUUUUACCCUAGAACAAUAAUUGUUCUUGGGUAAAAAGAGUUCUUAUUAUAAUUAUUACACAGUGGAAUAAUCUCCCACCAGAAAUUAUAGCAUCUACUUUGCCAUGUUCAUUUAGGCAAUCCCUGUCAUUGUUGUAAUUUUUAUUAUUUAAAGCAGUCUGCAAUACUCUGUUAAGAGUGAAGACUUAUUUGUGAAAUAAAUAAAUAAAUAAGAUAACUACUGCAGAAGUUGUCGGAAUUUCAGGGAGUGUUACAAAAACCCUAUUCAGAACUACACUUGCUUGGAUGAUCAUAUUUCACCUAUACUUAUUAAAUGACUCCUGGUUUCAGACCAUUGACAGUUUUUCAAUGUUUUCUCUGUUUAUUUUUUCUUGUAAACCAGUUGUAGUGCCACUUCAAUACAACAGAGAUUUAAUGGACAGACUCGAUGGAGUUAAAUUGCCAGGAAUAAAGACUUACACUGUCAAAAAUGGAGAUUAUGGUAGGUGUUUCUAUUAUUAUAUCAGACUCUUGUUCAUUAAAAGCUAUGCUGACAAAAUUGCCAGUGAUAGUAGAUGGACACCUUAGAAUGAUGAUCUUCUUUACUUAUGUUAUACUACUACAUGAGAAAUUUCUGCAAUUUGAUUGGCUUAGAGCAGCGGUAUUUCAGCUCAAUUUGAAAUACCUACAUGUGAAAAUUACAAACCUUUUGCGGGUAGUAGUAUAAACAAAUAAUAGCAUGAUUUGUAUGUGAUAUUUGGCAAAAAUACCACUCAUGAUAUUUCAAAAUUAUCUCAAAUUUUACUUGCCUAAUGGCUCAUGAAAUUACGUAUAACAAUUUUGAAAUAUUACUUGUGGUAUUUAUGCCAAAUAUCGCGCCUACAAAUCAUGCUAUUACCUAUACAAACGAAUUCCAUUGAUAUCUUACAAUAGCCUGAAUUUCAGACAUCUCUUUAAGUUGCAUCCUUUUAGGGAGCAUGAGACUUGAAAGGGAUUACAAGUGUGGUUGGUUUUGUUGUGUUCACAGGUAUUGCUGUUGAAGACAAAAACACCAGAUGAGAUCAGUUUUACUUUUCAUGUACCAAUCUAGCUAGAUUUGGCUCCAAUAGUAAAGUAAUUGAAAGAUGCAUUGGCCAGAACAUAAUAUUUCCACCUCUUAUCACACAGCAUAAAGUUUAUUUUUAGUUCCUCUGUGGAAGGAAUUAUUGGGCUGAGAGAGAAACAAAAAUUCCCUCAUCUUUGUAUAUGAGAGUAAAUUCACUUCUGGUGAUAGAUAAUGAUUGACAUAAUGAGAGUUUUUUGUGUAGCAAGAAUGCAUAGGAGCAAGUUAGUUGAAUAAAUCUUCACAUUUUGAAUUGUCACUUAUGGGAAUUUCAACUACGUCAACUUUAUGAUGAUUGAAUGUUCUUUGCUAUGUAGAUCUCUAUGUCAAGGAGUACCGUCCUCCAGGUUUUACAGAGGACAAGAAAUAUGGCGUCUUGUUUUCAGUGUAAGUAUCUCACUCUUGGAAGUGAUUCAAAAUCAUCAUCAUCAUCAUUAUCAUUACCAUCAUCAAGAAACAUUUUUCUUGAAAGUACAACUUUAGAAAACUAAUUAUGAUAAUUUUUUAAUCUUCUUAUACAGGUAUGGCGGACCAAGUUCACAAAAGGUAAAUACUAAAACAACUAUUAUUUUACUGAAGUUUGCUUACAUUAAGUUUGAUCAACAUGUAACUUGUGGUGUCAAAAUUCAAAAUGGCAUUUGAUGUUCUUAUACAUAAUCACUAGAAAAUAUAAGCUAGGGGAAGACUUUUUUGAAGUGUCAAUAUUAUCAUAUUCAUCUUCUACGAUCAUGUCCUCAAUUCUCAUGACCACUUUGUUUUAUAAAGCAUUGAUAGCACAAGGAGAAAUUUCAUGCUGAUCAGUCUUAGGGCUAAAAGGGUUUAAGGGUUUGAUAACCAUGUCGUGAUGCAACUGAACUCACUAAGUGUUCAGAGAACUUUUUUUUCUGAGUUUCCUGUGUCACAGACUUAUUAAUUGUCCUAUAUGUACCAAAAGGUUGUGGACGCUUAUGGAUAUGGAUUUGAAACUGGUUAUCUUGUCAGCAACUUUGACUUGAUUGUGGUGAAUGUAGAUGCAAGGGGAACCUGCUGCAGAGGAGAGAGGUAAUAAUAAUAAAUAAGUAAUCUUAAUAAUAAUCUUGUAUUGAUAACAAAGCUAACUAUAAAAUCCUAUGUGCUAGUAAUUUUGCUUAAAAAACUAUUCAGUCAAAGCACUAUUUACAAUUCCUUGCAAUUAAAAAACACUUAAUUUUGAUUUAAAAUUCAUUUCAAUUCAACUAAUAAUAAUAACAAAAACAACAAAAAUAAUAAUAAUUCCAACUGAUUUUGAAACAUUCCCAAUAAGGUGAAAGCUCAAAGCAUUCUCCUUUUUUCCCCAUGGUUUGUUGAGAUCCUGAAAUUUUGCUACCAUAGCAACAUGACAUAAUGACUUCUCCUCUCUUUUGGGUUGGAAACUAACUAUGAGAUAUAAAUUUUGUCUUUGUAGGUUUAAGCAUGAAGUUUAUAAGCAGCUAGGGAAGACUGAAGCAGAGGAUACAAUAGCUGUUGCAAGGUAUAACAUGCUCUAAGUUUCCACCUGGGGAGCAAGGGUGGCACAGUGAUGAGACCACUCGCCCCGCACUAAUGUGGCCUGGGUUCAAAUCUUGGCGUCAACGCCAUAUGUGGGUUGAGUUUGUUGUUGGUUCUCCCCCUUGCUACAAGAGGUCUUUCUCCGGGUAUUCCAGUUUUCCCCUCUCCUUAAAAACCAACACUUCCAAAUUCGAAUUCGAUCUGGAACACUCAGACACAUUUCAAUGAGUUCUCAUGAACUCCUAAGUGCUCUGUGGGUAAAAAAAUUACAACAAAUUACACAAUUACAAUACAUUUUGUAUGCUGCUAAAAGGGAGAAUAUAUUCAAAAAUAAAGGCAUUUCUGGUAGUCAUUUCAUUCACGCAAGGGCAAAUGAUAAACUGGAGUAAUGGGGUUGGAAAACUAUACAGUGGAUAUUUCUAAUUUCAUGUAGGUGUUUAGUUAACCCUUUUUCUUCUAAUAGUGGCCAAAUGAAAUAUUUUUGUAAAAUUUUAAGAAAUAAAUUGAACCAUGCAAAAGUUCUGCCAAGGAGGAUUCCAUUUGAAUGGUCACACCGUCACAGGAUUUUGUCCACAUAAGCAAAAAUCAUCUGAUCAUAAAGUCUCCCCAUUACAGUCAACUCCCUUUAUAGCGGAUACUGUAGGGACCUCAAGUUAGUGUCCUCAUUAGCGGGAGUCCGUAAUAGCGGGAGUUUAUUUCAGUCAAACGUCUAAAAUUUGGUUUUUCCUGGGAUUUAGCUACUGUCCGUUUUAUCGGGGUGUCCGUUAUAGCGAGGUGUUCGUAAGGCAAGAGUUGACUGUACUGGCUCUAAAAGUGAAAGCUAAGGGACAAUUAACUUUAUUAGAUUGCAUUACUGGUCAAAGAAUACUUUCAUUGUGUUUGACUAUAGUGUGAAAAUGUGAUCUUAGAAACAACAUGAACAGUAGAAACAACAUGAACCUUUUGACAAGCUGAUUAUUUCAUUUUCACAAUAUGGUUACAUUAAACAGUCAUUGCCAAAUAUUUUAACUAUAAGCUGGAGCUUAUACACUUACAGUCUGUUCUGUUUUGCAGGCAUAUUGCUAAUAAGAAGUAUGUGGAUGAAAAAAAACUGGCCAUCUGGGGCUGGGUAAGGAUAUAACUCUAUUACUAGUAACAACCAAAGGUAACGGAGUGCAGGCAACAAUGAUCAAGGGUCAAAAUGCUUUUGUUCCAGUGCUGUGCUUUGCGUAAGCUUCAUGUGACAAUGAUCAAUGGUCUAAUGAGUAAAACUAAAAAUUUUAGAAGUAUAUCAGUGAUAUAGUUUAUUCAGAAGAUAUCUGCUAAUUGUCAGGCAUUUUGCAUUAAUGUGUGCAGGAGGUUGUUUUGGGCUGCAGUACAAGAUUCAUAACUUGUUUCAGAAACUGCUGCCUAGAAUGUGCACUCUGUAUCUUUGUAGAGAUGUCGAUGGUCCAAUCACAUGAUGGAAGAUCAAGAGGUCUUGCAAUUGUCGCUUUAUCUCUUUUUUUUUUUCACAGCUAUCAAAGCUAUUUAAACCUUGUUUGUAAUUUAGGGAGGUCCCUUAAUAAGUAAGCAAAUCUUAAAAAAAAAUUAUUAUUAUUAUUAUUAGAGGCUUAGCUUGCAAAAUAGAAUACAUCCAAACAAAGUUUAUUAAAAACCUGUGUGGCAUCCUGCCUAUUUUAUUGACUGGAUUUGAAAUGCUGGGUAUAUAAUAUUGUGCUUGCUUGUCUUGUUGGUUAGUCCUACGGUGGCUUCUUGACGUCUUACAUUCUUGGUCAAAAGUCUGAUGUGUUCAAAGUUGGUAUGGCUGUGGCACCAGUUACUGACUGGCGAUAUUAUGGUAAGUAGGGCUGCUCUGGGAAGAAUUAAAACAACAACCAGGUGCUAAAAUACUUAGGCACUAGACUGUCCACACUUGGUUCCUGGGAACCAGUGCCUGGGUGCCAACAAAACUGGUACAAAAUGGUGUUGCAUUCACAGUACCCGAUAUAUGACUGUGUAAAUAGUUACUACAUUCUGCCCUGUCCGAUGCCAUUUUGAAACAUGAGCUUAGCAGUGAGUACAAAGCUGCAGUGGACUACCCCAGAACUAAUAUGUGGGAUCUGAUGCCUACUUUUGUGCCCGAGUACACUCUGGCACUGGCACCAAGCCCAAAUGAUACCAGUAGCUUGGGUUCUUGAAAAAGGGUAUGUUCACAGUAGUGUCCAGUGAGUACUAUUCUCGGGCACCAUGCCCAGGAACCAAGUGUAAACACUGCCUUAAAAACUGUACCUUAAUUGUUAAGGUAUAAAUGAUGUGUCCAUGAUCUUGCUUUUUCCAUCCCCUUUGUGAUAAAAGACACUAGCAAUGCAAGACCAUCUUUAAAACUUGGAGGGACAACUUUAAAUUGGAGUGUGAGGUUGGGGGGGGGGGGGGGGAAGGAUGGGUAUUUUUUGGGACAGAGCAUAGUAAUCGACACUAAAAUUCAUUCCUUCCGACAACAAAGAAGUCUAACAGAGUUGUUAAAACGUCAGUCAAAUAUUAUCAAACCAAACGCCCACAGUGUGAACUCUCCCUUAAGUGUAUUAUACAGCGUAUUAACAUUAAAACUAUAUCUUUUUAUAUUGUGUUUCAGAUUCAAUAUACACUGAACGAUACAUGCUGACUCCACAGAAAAACUUUGAUGGUUAUGAGGUAACUUAUAAUUUAAUGGCAGUUUAAAGAUCCAAAGUUAAUUUGUAGAUUCUGGUUUGGUCUUACUACUAACUAGAACACCCUCAUCAGCCACAAAGAAGUUGCAUCUUUGAUGUACUUAUGUAUUAAUUCAUGUUACUAUUCAUUCAAAAUAUUUCCCCAAUUCUGAUUGGCUAAAAGCACACACAUAAUUCACCAUAAUCAGUUACUGAUGACCAAAUUUGGAAGAAUUUUGUGUUUAACAAGGAAAUGACGUCAAAAAUGCAGCCUUCUACAGGUUAAUGCACUGUUAACCGAGAAGACCUGGGGACAAGGUUGAGUUGUUUUCGUUGUGAAAACUAAAAUGGCGGACACUUCACUCGUUUCAAGAGUAAGAACUACAGGUGGAUUUAGGGAAAAUAAUGGCAAAAAACAGCAAAAACAGCAAGAAGAUAAUUCCAAGGGCGACAUCUGCUUAAUUCGUCAUAUCCUACUCAGCCUCAUUCAUUGAUUGCUAAAUAUGAGAGUUUCUUAAGGGUGAAGAUAUGGUUAGGUUAAUAUUUUAGCUUUAAUUUAGUGCAACAGUUAUUCCUCCCAGUAUAGGUACACAGAAAUUGGAAAAAAAUCAAUUGUUUUAAAGUUCAAAAUUAAUUGCUAUCCUUGAUUUUUGCAAAACAUGGUUAAGGUCAUGCCCAUUAGGUCUUUAAAGGGUGGGUGUAAACAAGGUGAAAGAGGUUCCAUCAGCCAUGAGUCCUGACACCCUAAAUGGCAAGUUCCUUGUACGACAUUUUUAUGGUUAACUUCUUUUAAGACUUGCAUUUAUAAUUUUCCAAUUCCUAAUGACUGGAUAACAUUUUAAGGACAUAUUUAACAGUCUCAACCUCUUACCGGUAAAAACGUGAAUGUUUUAUUUAUUUUUUUGCAUAGUCAUAAGUGCAUGCUUGCAUACUCACUUAUCUUAAAGAUCAGCAAGACUUUUAGUAUUUGCUAUGUAGUUAAUGUAGAAUUCAUUUCAGGUAUCAUCUGUACUACCCUUGGCUCCAAAUUUCUCAAAUGACAGUUUUCUUCUAGUGCAUGGGACUGGAGAUGGUGAGUUGAUAGAUUGCAAUAAAUUGUCUCAGCUGUAAGGUUGUUAUCCAACUCUCACAUCCAGGUGCAUUAAAUUAAUGCUAGGUGUUAACCCUGUGAUGGUCUGUAUAUAAUUUCAAUGCUGGGUGGUAAUCCUGUGAUGGUCUGGAAUCCAGCUGAUGGGCCAGCCACUUAUCAUUGUUAUUAAAAUUAAUAAGGGAACUUGCAACUAUUCAUUCAUUGCACUAAUAUUUACUUUUGGGGUUAUUUGGGCCAAGAAAGAUGGAUGUAACAACAUUAUCAUUAUGUUAUGUAGUGAAAUGUUAUUACAGCCCCCUUAGAAGGUGGGGGUGCGCCAUCCAAUUCUCUAAAUCCUGGCCCUGUUUCAGACCGAAAAUGUCAUUUUCACACCUGUUUUCAGACCUGGGGCCGGUUUCUCGAAAGUCGCGGUAACUUUUCGGGCCCAAAAUCAACGAAACACGUCGGCUUCUUUGCUCAUAGAGGUCAGCUACUUUUUUACAGAAAGAAGAAGCAACUAGUUUGAAUAACGGUCUAAACAAAAAAUAUAUCAUAAAAUCUGAAUGAAAACGUAAUUAUGAUUUGUUUUCCGAAAGGCCCACUGGUUUUACGUUAUGCUUUAGUCAUGUGAACGCUAAAUUUCAGUCAUUUUUUCAAAAGUUUGUUACAGGUUUACGCAGAAUUUGUCUACGUGCAAAAGUACAUAAUUUAGUUUUCAUCAUUUUUUGUUCAUUACUCAUAGGAAUUGAUUGUGUGACUGGUAAAUUGAAAGCUGCAUUUUCUUGAAUGAAAAACACGCUCUUUUGUUCUCAAAUUUAGUGCCCAGAACGCUGAAAAUCGCAUUUUUAGGGCUUUGAAAUUUAUAAUUUUCUGGGGCGGAACGCGCUUUGACCUCCCCCCCUAGAAAAGGGGACCAACGGCCCCUUGUUGUUACAGUCGGUUACUCUAUCCAAACCGCUGGCUACUUCAAUUAUUGAGAGCCCUGGUAAGGGAGUGUCUCUACACUCUAUGAGAGGUCAACAUCAUCACUUGGCAGUUGAUGGAUGGCCUUCUCUUGUUCCUUGUUUACUAUUUAAUACACCUUUGUGAUUUUCUCCUUUAGACAAUGUACAUUUUCAGAAUACUGCACAACUAGUANGUAACUUUUCGGGCCCAAAAUCAACGAAACACGUCGGCUUCUUUGCUCAUAGAGGUCAGCUACUUUUUUACAGAAAGAAGAAGCAACUAGUUUGAAUAACGGUCUAAACAAAAAAUAUAUCAUAAAAUCUGAAUGAAAACGUAAUUAUGAUUUGUUUUCCGAAAGGCCCACUGGUUUUACGUUAUGCUUUAGUCAUGUGAACGCUAAAUUUCAGUCAUUUUUUCAAAAGUUUGUUACAGGUUUACGCAGAAUUUGUCUACGUGCAAAAGUACAUAAUUUAGUUUUCAUCAUUUUUUGUUCAUUACUCAUAGGAAUUGAUUGUGUGACUGGUAAAUUGAAAGCUGCAUUUUCUUGAAUGAAAAACACGCUCUUUUGUUCUCAAAUUUAGUGCCCAGAACGCUGAAAAUCGCAUUUUUAGGGCUUUGAAAUUUAUAAUUUUCUGGGGCGGAACGCGCUUUGACCUCCCCCCCUAGAAAAGGGGACCAACGGCCCCUUGUUGUUACAGUCGGUUACUCUAUCCAAACCGCUGGCUACUUCAAUUAUUGAGAGCCCUGGUAAGGGAGUGUCUCUACACUCUAUGAGAGGUCAACAUCAUCACUUGGCAGUUGAUGGAUGGCCUUCUCUUGUUCCUUGUUUACUAUUUAAUACACCUUUGUGAUUUUCUCCUUUAGACAAUGUACAUUUUCAGAAUACUGCACAACUAGUAGCAGCCUUAACAAAAGCUGGUGUUAAAUAUCAAGUUCAGGUAAGUGUCUAAUGUAUAAAAAUGUAAAAUUCACACAACAUUAAGCCAUCUUCAGCUUCAUUUGAAAGUAGUUCAACUGAUGCUUGGGGAUUUUGACAAAACGUGUACAGUAAAUUACUCUCAGAAGCUUUCACUUGUUUGGUCGCACCUUACAUUUUUAUGGAAAAGUUGUUAACACUUUUCUUACUUCUCUCUUCAGUUUUACACAGACAAGAACCACGGACUGUUAGGAAAAGAGACGCAACGACACUUAUUCCAACUGUUGACUGACUUUCUUACAACUCAACUUAGAAUUUAAGAAAUUAAAAUGUAAAGUAACUUCUUUCGUAUUUGAUUAUACUCAACUCCUUAACCUUUUAACAGUUAGAGCACUGCACAAAUUAAGGUAGAGGACAACCCAAUGAGCAGAAAAUAGUAGAACAGGAUAGAAUUAAAGAGGUGUCAUUUUUUGUCGACUGUUCAGGGAUGCAACCGUUAAAUUCAGAAAAGGGAUGUGGGACGCUAUCUUCUUAAACUAGCCCUGGUUGUCCAAAUGUUGGAUAGCACUAUCUCUUGAAUAUAAUAGUAUCUUGUUAUUAUCCUCUGCAUAGAGAUUUAUCCAAAGAUUUAUCCAGUGGAUAGGGUUAUCCACUGUUCAAACAGGUCAACCCUAGGCUAAUCUUUUACCAUCUGAUAAAGUCCGAUAGGAAAAAAUAGGCAUUUUCGCGAUUUGUCUCAACAGGUUUUGUCCAGGGUUGUAGCUUCAUCUUGCCCAAAUGGCAAGCUGUAAAAAUGAUUUUCCUUGCACCCUGCAUGAAAAAGUUGUCACAAUGCAUGGUAUUUUUUCUUUCUUUCUGCAGUUUUACCCCGACAAGAAUCAUGGGCUCAGAGGUGGGGGAACUUCAGAUCACUUGUACCAUCUACUCACAAGAUUCCUGCUUGAAAAAUUGUCCAUUAGCAGUUGA